CACAUGGCUGUUCUCCGACGACAAACCCUGAUAACAUGCAAUCAUGAUUAUUAUCUCUACGAACUUCGCAUAUGCACCUGGUCCUCAGUAACUUCUUGUCAGCCACUGUAGCGGUCUUUACACCUUCCACUUUCAUAACAUUGCUGAUUGUGAGUCUUGGACGAAUAACAAGCUCCUAGCUUCGGACAACUCAUUACUCAACAAUCUGUGUUAUCAGGGCUCAAUCGAUAGCACCACUUUCGAACACCCAUAAGCUUUUUCGUCUUUUGAAGUUGUAAAGCUGGGUAUUGCAAGAUGUCUACAGAUAUUGGCAAGAUCGAGGCGGGGAGCCUUUUCAACGUCAAUGGCCUCGUUGCUGUAAUCACAGGAGGUGGAUCGGGCCUGGGUCGAAUGAUGGCGAGGGCACUCGCUGCCAAUGGCGCCUCGAAAGUGUUCAUUAUCGGCCGCCGUGAAGCGUCGCUGAAGGAGACCGCAGACUCCGUCCCCGGCGGCAAGAUCAUACCACUGGUUGGCGAUGUUACGUCGAAGCCAUCACUACAACAAUGUGUCGACAAAGUCAAAGCCGAGGUCGAUGCUAUUGAUGUUCUUGUGGCCAACUCUGGCAUAUCAGGACCUUCAGUGCCUAGUGUCGACUCAAAUCGACAACCCAUCGGCAUUGAACAGUUGGCAAAGAACAUGUGGGCUCCUGAACCCGAGGAUGUCAACACCACAUACGGUGUCAACAUCACCGGCGUCCAUUUUACAAUCGCCGCCUUUCUACCACUUCUCGACGCCGCAAACAAAAAGCGACCGCAACCACCAACAGAAGAAAACUUCAAGCCGCGGCCACAGAUCAUCACGACAAGCUCCAUUGGAGGAUACAGUCGUCAGCCUUUGGGCAAUCUCUCCUAUGGGCCUAGUAAGGCAGCCGUCAGACACCUGAGCAAACAACUUUCCACCCUACUUGUUAGCUACGACAUCAGGGUGAAUGUCAUCGCGCCGGGACUUUACCUUUCAGAAAUGACCGAAGGCAUGUACAAGUCGCUGGGCAAGUCCGAAACCCACAAUGUCGAGGGUACCUUUAACAAGGAAUGGAUUCCUGCCACGAGAAGCGGGGACGAGCAAGACAUGGCUGGUGUCAUCCUCUGGCUUUGCAGUCGAGCUGGAGCUUAUAUAAACGGAUGCACAGUGGUGACAGAUGGCGGACGACUCGGGGUACUGCCAUCGUCGUAUUGAACAGGCAAGAUAGAAUAUGCUAGUGUCUCCUAUAUGUUUAGGUAGAGAGGACACAUAGACGAGCCGAACAUAGAGCCAGC